AUGGCAAUUGAAACGAUUCAUCGUCCCGGUGCGUUAAAGCAGACCAACAAAUCCCACAAGCAUGGAAAGCACACUUCCAAGCGUGAGUUGGAACGCUUAGCGAAAGGUAAAGUGAACCUUAAAACUCUCACCCGACGGCCGAAUCGUCAGCAAUCGCGCGAUGAACGUCGUCAGCAGGCGGUUCAACUUCGCAAAAACAAGCGCCAGGAAGCGAUUGCACUGAAACGAGCCAUUGGCGGUGCGUUGACGGCUCCGUUCCUGACGUGCGUGUUGCCCCUGAACGAAAUGAUUGAUCCUAACUCGGCACUAGCUUUUAUCCAGGGCUGUGAUCCGGAGGCUACCGUGACGAAAGUGUCCGAACGUAUCCGUUACAUAAAUGUACCACGCUUUCGUCAACGGUUUUCGUUCGUCGUCCCGGAGAUAGGUCAUGGGCGUGAGCUGAAUGUGCUGGAUGCGCUGAAAGUGUGCGAUUCCGUGGUACUGCUGCUGACAGCCGCUGCAGGCGAUUCUGAUGAGAUGAUCGAUAAGUUUGGUGCGAAAGUACUCAAUAUGGCGCUAACCCAAGGGCUCCCGACGCCGAUGGUAUGCCUGAUGGAUUUGCAAUCGAUAAACCCGAAAAAGCGCACCCAAACGAAGGCAAACAUACAGAAGGUGGUUUCCAGCAUUCUUCCGGACGAAAAGUUGAUGGAGCUGGAAAAGUUAACCGAUGGAUUGAAUCUGUUGCGUCGUAUCGGUGGGCAGAAGCGAAGGGUGAUGCAUAAUCGCUCGAAUCGUCCUCAUAUGCUAGGUGAGAAGGUUGAGUAUGUGGCGAAUGUUCCGGAAGCUGGACAAGAUCGACCGAUGGGAACGUUGAAAGUGACCGGAUUUCUACGAGGUGUUCCACUAUCCGUGAACCAGCUGGUACACAUACCCGGGCUGGGUGAUUUCCAACUGCAACAAAUCACUUCACCGACCGAUCCGUACCGGAUGCGCAAGCUGGAAGAUGGAGAAAUGUCUAGUGCGGAAGAAAGAGCACCGAUUGUGGCCGACACGCAGCUGCAGACUACUUUGCAGCGGGAAAACAUACCCGAUGCGAUGGACGCGGAACAAACGUGGCCGACGGAGGAGGAGAUAGCGGCGUCUCGUGAUGAAAACAAAAAGAAGAUCAUCAAACGUGUCCCGAAAGGUAUGAGCGACUAUCAAGCAUCGUGGAUUCCGGAUAUUGUGGAAGAGGAUGAAGACGAGGACGAUGAAGAUGAUGAGGAGGACGAUGAUGAUGAACAGUACAUGUCCUGUGAAUCGGACACGGAAAGUAAGAUAGGCGAUCGUGAUACCGAGGAUGACAGUAAUCAGUUCGAUCAGAUAAGCGUUUCGGACGAAGGCCCGGUCAGUGCAGACCGGUACGAUAAGGAGAUAGACAUGGAGGAAGAACGUGUCACGCUGGCCAAGAUUCAAGCGGCAAAAGUGGAUGAAAUAUUCCCCGAUGAAAUCGACACACCCGCGGACAAACCGGCACGGGAACGGUUCAUGAAAUACCGUGGUCUGGAAUCGUUCCGUUCUUCCCCGUGGGACGUGAAGGAGAAUCUCCCAUUCGAUUACGCGCGGGUGUAUCAGUUUAAGAACUUCGAUCACACCAAGCGUCGCAUUGUCCGCGAGGCACAACAAAAAGAAGGUGACGAUGUGGCCAUGCCCGGUUGGUACGUUCAGUUGCACGUGAAAAAUGUCCCGCAAGAAGCGUGGAGCACAUACCUGUCCACCGGAAAUGGCGAGCGGUUGAUCGUUUACGGUAUACUGUCCUACGAGCACCAGAUGUCCGUGAUGAACGUGUGCUUGAAGCGAACGCAAAACUCAACGAUUCCGAUAAAAUCGAAGGAACGCCUAAUUGUCCAAUGUGGCUACAGACGGUUCAUCGUGAAUCCCAUCUACAGCCAGCAUACGAACGGCGAUAAGCACAAGUAUGAGCGGUACUUCCGCCCCGGCAUGACGGUCGUUGCCACGUUCUUCGCCCCGAUUCAAUUCCCGCCUUCGCCGAUUCUUUGCUUCCGGGAAAAUCCCGACACAUCCCUAUCGAUGGUAGCAUCUGGCAGUCUGCUGUCGUGCAAUCCGGACCGUGUCGUAUUGAAACGCGUGGUGCUUAGCGGCCAUCCGUUCAAGAUCAAUCGCGAAUCGGCCACCAUUCGGUUCAUGUUCUUUAAUCCCGAGGAUAUUGCGUACUUCAAGCCGUGCAAGCUCCGCACCAAGCUGGGCCGGGUCGGACACAUUAAGGAGUCGCUGGGUACGCACGGCCACAUGAAGUGCGUGUUCGAUAGUCAGCUCAAAUCACACGACACCGUACUGCUGUACCUGUACAAGCGUGUGUUCCCGAAGUGGACGUACGAGGAUUGCAUCGUAUCCUGCCGCCCGGAUGGUGAACGGGAAUCGUCCUGCGGCACGUCGAAAAGCGAACGUUCGGUAACGUUCAAGGCAAAGGUUGAAAUGAUGCAGGAAUGA